CACAAACUGACCAAUAGAAACGCAGAACGGGUGAGUUUACGGAAGUUUUUGAGCGAGUGUGUCGUCUUUGAAACGAGUGGAAUGGAUGUGAAAGAAAUAGCUAUUUUGUAAAACUAAACCCGUUUGCAGGGCACAGACACUAACUAAGCCGUGUUCUGUUUUACAUUAUUAUUAAUAUUCUGCUGCUAUCUCUCGGUAAGGCAGUCUAGAGUUGUAAGCUAUGUCCAAAUCAAGGAGAUGGGACCCAAAAGACAGCGAGUCAAAACUUCUGCCAAUCUAUCAGCACAAAACCAAACUGAUUCAGGCCGUCAGCGACAGCGCUUUUCUGAUUGUUACUGGUGAGACUGGCAGCGGGAAAACCACGCAACUUCCACAGUACCUGCAUCAAGCUGGGUUUUGUAAAGAUGGAAAAAUUGGCGUCACCCAGCCCCGUCGAGUAGCUGCCAUCACAGUAGCCCAGAGGGUAGCCCAUGAGAUGCAGUGCACUCUGGGCAGGGACGUUGGAUACCAAGUUCGCUUCGAUGACUGCACAUCAGAGGACACUGUGGUGAAGUACAUGACAGAUGGCUGUUUGCUCAGAGAGAUCCUUGCAGACCCUGGACUUUCUCAGUACAGUGUUAUAAUCUUGGAUGAAGUCCAUGAACGCAGCCUCAACACAGACAUACUUCUGGGUUUACUGAAGAAAAUCUUCUCCAACCCUGCUAAAGCCACAAAGGGCCGAGCUUUCCCUUUGAGAGUGGUGGUGAUGUCCGCCACCUUGGAAACAAACAAGCUUUCAUCCUUUCUCGGCAACUGUCCUGUCUUUGUUAUUCCCGGGAGGACUUUUUCUGUAACUUGCACAUUUGGCACGGCCAUAGGACCCAAAGACACAGAAAGCACUGCUUAUGUAAAAGAGGUUGUGAAAAUGGCCUUUGAUGUGCAUACCAGUGAAAGGGCUGGGGAUAUUCUGGUUUUUUUGACAGGUCAGUCAGAGAUUGAGCAUGCCUGUGAUUUGCUGUUUGAAAAAGCUGAGUCUAUAGACUAUCGCUAUGAUGUACAGGACCAAACAGUGGAGGGCCUUCUCAUUUUGCCCCUGUAUGGAUCCAUGCCCACAGAUCAACAAAGACAGAUCUUUCAGCCGCCACCUCCCAGAAUAAGAAAGUGUGUUGUGGCUACUAACAUUGCAGCAACAUCUCUCACCAUCAAUGGCAUAAAGUACAUUGUAGACAGUGGCUUUGUGAAGCAACUCAACCACAACUCAAGGGUGGGCAUGGAUAUCUUGGAGGUGGUGCCUAUUUCAAAAAGUGAGGCUCAGCAGAGAGCAGGCCGAGCUGGAAGAACCUCAGCUGGAAAAUGCUUCCGAAUCUAUACUAAGGAAUUCUGGGAGAAAUGCAUGCCUGAGUAUACAGUUCCAGAGAUCCAGAGAACAAGUCUGAGUGCAGUGAUACUUACACUCAAGUGCCUGGGCAUUCAUGAUGUCAUUAGGUUUCCAUAUCUGGAUUCUCCAGAGGAGAGGUUUAUUCUAGAAGCACUAAAGCAGCUCUAUCAAUUCGAUGCUAUAGACAGGAGGGGUAGAGUGACCCAGCUAGGGGAGAUGAUGGUGGAGUUCCCCCUGCACCCCGGUCUCACCAGAGCCGUGCUCAAAACCGCCUCGCUCGGCUGCCAGGACCUGCUGCUCCCUGUGGCUGCCAUGUUGUCUGUGGAGAACAUCUUCAUCAGGCCAGGCCACCCUGACAAGCAGAAAGAGGCAGAUAAGAAGCACAGAGCACUGGCUGCUAAAAGUGGUGGUAUGAACGACUUUGCCACACUUUUGUGUGUGUUUCAGUCGUGCAAAUCCAGUGACAAACCCUCAGUGUGGUGCAAAGAGAAUUGGAUCCACUGGAGGGCGCUGAAGUCAGCGUUUAGUGUGGAGAGACAACUGUGUGAGAUCCUCCACCGCCUCCAACAGAAGAAAGAUUUCCCCAUAGAAACAUUUGAUGGCAACAAGAGUGAGCUCUUCAGACGAUGCCUGUGCUCAGGAUACUUCACCAAUGUUGCCAGAAGGUCUGUUGGAAAGGUGUUUUGUACAAUGGAUGGCCAUGGUUCCAUGGUUCACAUUCAUCCAUCAUCAUCGCUGUUUGACCAGGAGGCAGAGCUGAAUUGGGUCAUUUUCCAUGAUGUGUUAGUGACUUCCCGGGUGUACAUCAGGACCGUGUGUCCUAUUCGCUAUGAGUGGGUGAAGGAUUUAUUACCUAAGCUCCAUGAAGUGGAUGUCUUUGAAUUAAGCAGUGUGGCAAGAGAAGAAGUCACUGACGAGGAGAUGAUAAAAUGGGAGACCAGGGAAGCAGCCAAAAGACAACCAGAGGUUUCUACUGAGGAUGUCAUGAAGAAACUGGAGAAGAGAAACAACGAAGCCACUGUCAGUGAUGCUCGUGCUCGCUACCUGCAGCGGAAGCAACUAAGACAGCAAAGUAAAGCUCUUUGACAAAGAGCACCUGCUUUUGGGGACAGAAAUCACACUAUGUGUCACUAUUUUGCAAAUGAUACCUGAAUAAUAAACAUUUAUUACAUUUA